AUGAAGUUCGACCCAAGCAAGAAGUUGCUCAAGACCAAAAUGACCUUGCUAGAUUCCAAUGGCAAAGUAUUGGAGACAGUAGUAUCCAGUGAUGGAAGCUAUAAUUUCAAGAACUUGCCCAAGGGUGACUACUGUAUCACUGCCGAACAUCCUGACUCAUCCUACAAGAUUGGACCACACUCUGGUGACAAUCAAUUCCUAAGCAACUACAAGACAUGUACCCAUCUUAAUCAGAGCCAAUCCAACAUUGACCUUGGUCUGAUUAAGAACAACACCUACUACAUCCAAGGUUACAUCUUUGAAGACGUCAACAAAAAUGGAAAGCUUGACACAUCCAAGUUGUUCAACGGCGCCAUCAUGGAGCUCCAAGAUGAGCAUGGAAAUGUCCUGAAGACCUUAGACAAUGCCAACCGUACCUAUCUUUUCAAUGGUCUUACCGAGGGAAAGUACUGUAUCGUCGGCAAAGCUCCAGAUGCCUCCUACCUCCCAGGUCCACACAUGCAAGACAACAAGUUUAACAAUGGAAAGUACUGCGUCACUGUUGGUCCAAGUCUGACAAAUGCCCACUUUGGUUUGGUCUCCAACCCCAAUCCCUUGUUCGACAUCCAGGGUUACACUUGGGAUGAUACCGCUCAAAACAAGGGUAACCUUGACACAUCAAAGUUGCUUGAUGGUGUCACCAUGGAGUUGUACGAUACCAAUGGCACAUUGGUUAGAACUAUGAACUCCACCAAUGGAGGCUACGCUUUCAAGAAGCUGGAGGCCGGUCACUACUGUGUCGUUGGAUACCACCCUGGCGACACCUACGUUCCAGGUCCCAAACAAGUUGACAACAAAUUCCACAACGGUCGUGUCUGUGUGGAUAUUGGACCAUCCAAAACCAACCUCCACUAUGCCCUGUUGAAGAAGCCAUCUUUCAAACUCCAAGGUUACAUCUGGGACGACACCGCUUUGAACCAAGGCAAGCUUGACACCAAUAAGAAGUUGAACGGAAUGACCAUGGAGCUCUACGACGCCAAUGGCACAUUGAUCAGGACCAUCCCCAAUGCCCAGGGUUCCUACUCAUUCCCAGGACUCGAUGCCGGUGACUACUGCGUCGUUGCCUACGACCCCAAGGACACUUACUCCCCAAGCACCAAGGGUAAUGACAACAAGUUCGUGAAUGGACGUGUCUGCAGGAAAGUUGGUCCAAGUGAUACCGGACUCCACGUUGCAAUGGUCAAGGAGCCAUCAUUCACACUACAGGGCUACAUCUGGGACGACACUGCACAGAACCAAGGUACUCUUGACACCAACAAACGUUUGAACGGCAUGACAAUGGAGCUCUACGAUGCCAAUGGCACAAGGAUAAGAACGAUCGAGAACGCACAAGGCAGCUACUCAUUCCGUGGACUUCCAAAGGGUGACUACUGCGUCGUAGCCUACGACCCCAAGGACAUCUACUCACCAAGCACCAAGGGCAAUGAUAACAAGUUCGUAAAUGGACGAGUUUGCAAGACUGUUGGUCCAUCCCAGACCGGCCUUCAUGUUGCCAUGGUCAAGGAGCCCUCAUUCAGACUGCAGGGCUACAUCUGGGACGACACCGCUCAGAACCAAGGUACUCUUGACACCAACAAGGCCCUCAAUGGAAUGAAUCUUGAGUUGUACGACGCCAACAACACUCGCAUUAGGUCGAUCGAGAACGCACAAGGCAGCUACUCCUUCGGUGGACUUCCAAAGGGUGACUACUGUGUGGUCAUCUACGACCCAGAGGACACCUACUCACCAAGCACAAAGUCGAAGGACAACAAGUAUGUGAACGGUCGCGUUUGCAGAAAGGUGGGUCCAAAUGACACGGGACUUCACGCCGCCAUGGUUAAGAAGCCAACAUUCAGACUACAGGGCUACAUCUGGGACGACACCGCUCAGAACCAAGGUACUCUGGACACCAAGAAGACCCUCAAUGGCAUGAAUUUGGAGCUAUAUGAUGCCAAUGGCACUAUUAUCAGAACUAUCGAGAAUGCCCAAGGCUCAUACUCAUUUAGAGGUCUACCAGAGGGUGACUACUGCGUCGUAAUCUACGACCCUAAGGACAUCUACUCACCAAGCACCAAGGGCAAUGACAACAAGUUCGACUCCAAUGGACGCGUCUGCAAGACGGUGGGUCCAUCUCAGACCGGCCUCCAUGCUGCAAUGGUCAAAGAGCCAUCAUUCACACUACAGGGCUACAUCUGGGACGACACUGCACAGAACCAAGGUACUCUGGACACCAACAAGGCCCUCAAUGGCAUGAAUCUUGAGUUGUACGACUCCAAUGGCACAAGGAUUAGAACCAUCGAGAACGCACAAGGCAGCUACUCAUUCCGUGGACUUCCAAAGGGUGACUACUGUGUUGUAACAUACGACACCAACGAUGUCUACACCCCCAGCACCAAGGGCAAUGACAACAAGUUCGACUCCAAUGGACGUGUUUGCAAGACUGUUGGUCCAUCCCAGACCGGUCUCCAUGCUGCCAUGGUUAAGAAGCCAUCAUUCAGGAUCCAGGGCUACAUCUGGGACGACACUGCACAGAACCAGGGCAAGCUUGACACUGAAAAGAGGCUCAAUGGCGUCACUAUGCAAUUGAUGGACACCGAUGGAAAUGUGAUCAGGAGCAUCUCCGACGCUCAAGGUAGUUACUCAUUCAGUGGUCUUGCCGAGGGCAGAUAUUGUAUAGUUGGAUUCAGGGAUGACUACAUCCCAGGCAAGUUUGCUGGCGAUAACAAGUAUGAGAAUGGCAAGCAGUGCUUUACUGUUGGUCCAAGCAACACUGGUGCCCACUAUGCAAUGGUCAAGGAACCCACCUUCCGAGUCCAAGGUUACAUCUGGGACGACUCGGCAGGACACCAAGGCAAGCUGGACACCAACAAAAAGUUCAACGGCGCCAAGUUGGUGUUGUUCGAUUCCGAUGGCAAUGAGCUCAGAGUGAUCAACUCGGCCAAUGGCGGCUAUGCCUUCACUGGACUCAAGGCUGGUGACUACUGCAUCGAUGCUUCAGCAACCUCCAACUCUGACGAGUGGACCACCACCGUACCCCAGAAUGACAACAGAUACAAGGAUGGAAGAUAUUGUUUCACCCUUGGUCCAAGCCAAACCGGAGCACACCUUGGAAUGUACAAGGCUCCAACCUACACCAUCCAGGGAUAUAUAUGGGAUGACACUGCACAGAACCAGGGCAAGCUUGACACCAACAAGAGACUCAACGGUGUAUCUAUGGAACUUCAAGAUGAGAAUGGCACUGUGAUUAGGACCACUACCAAUGCCCAGGGUAGCUACUCAUUCAAGGGUCUCCCAGCAGGAUACUAUUGCGUGUACGGAUCAUACCCAUCAGGUGAUUACGUGCCAGGCAAGAAGGCUAAUGACAACAAGUUUGACAAGGGCAAGUUCUGCACAACUCUUGGACCAAGCCAGACCGGUGCUCACUAUGCAAUGAUCAAGAAACCAUCGUUCAGGAUUCAGGGCUACAUCUGGGACGACUCGGCCCAGAACCAGGGCAAGCUGGACACCAACAAGAAGUUGAACGGCGCCACCAUGGAGCUAUACGACAGCACUGGAAACUUACUUAGCCGCAAGACUGACACCAAGGGAGGUUAUGCCUUUACAAACCUCGAUGCCGGUGACUACUGUGUCGUCGGAUAUUAUCCAGGAGAGGGAUACGUUCCAGGAAAGCCAGGAAACGACAACAAGUUCAACGACAAGGGCAGAUACUGUGUGACAGUUGGUCCAAGCCAGACUGGUGCCCACUUUGGUAUGAUCAAGAAACCAACGUUUGUAAUCCAAGGAUACAUUUGGGAUGACAACUCAGCCAAAUCAGGUGUCCUUGACACCAACAAGAAGCUCAACGGAGUCAAGAUGUCCCUCCAGGACAGCGCCGGCAAUGAGAUCAGAAGCAUUGACCCCGCCAAUGGAGCCUACUCAUUCAAGGGACUUGAUGCCGGUGAUUACUGUGUAGUUGCUUCCAAGGAAGGAUGGACCUCAGGAGUUAAGCAGAAGGAUAACAAGUAUGAGGAUGACAAGCUCUGCAUCACAGUUGGUCCCAGCAACACUGGAGCUCACCUUGGAAUGGUCAAGGGAACCAAGGCCCCACCAACUACUCCACCAUCUAGUCCACCAACUACUCCACCAACUACUCCACCAACAACUCCACCAACUACUGCACCAACCCCUCCACCAGAGUUGUACAAACUGCAGGGAUACAUCUUUGAUGACAGUUCUCAGACUGGAGUUUUGGACUCAAAGAAGGUGGUCAAUGGUGCAACGAUGGAAUUGCGUGACUCGAAAGGAGGAGUUAUCAAGACUCUUGAAAACACUCAAGGAUCCUAUUCCUUCCCAGAUAUUCCCGCAGGAGAUUAUUGCCUUCAUGGAUCAUAUCCAGGCAACACCUGGGUCCCAGCGGGCAAGAAGGCAGACAACAAGUUCGACUCUAAUGGUGACCUCUGUGUAACUGUCCCACCCUCCAAUACUGCAUUACAUUUGGGUUUGAUGAAGCCCAAGACCUACGUUAUCCAAGGAUACGUAUGGAACGACAGUGCAAACAAUGGAAAGCUUGAUACUAACAAGCCAGUCAAUGGUGCCAAGUUUGAGUUGACAAACGUGGCAACCGGAGAAGUCGUCAAGACUAUCGAUAGUAACUCAGGUGGAGGUUAUAAGUUUGAUAACCUACUUCCAGGCGAAUAUUGUGUGACCGCCAGCAAGUCUGGAAUGACACCAGCACCAAAGAGAGUUGAUAACAAAGCUCAUUCUAACUAA